CCCGCGUUGGCUCGCCGCUCCGACGAGUCUGGUCGAGUCCGGCGAUGAGCACCAGUACAGCUGACUUCGGUAGAUUUCGUGUCCCCCGUUUUCCUCGCAACGGCGAAAAAACCAGGCUCACACCUACUCCAAAACACCUACACUCCUAUUGUAAAAACGAAGAAGAAUUCCCCACAUCAUAGUGUACACACACACUGUCCCCCCAGCGAUAGAGCCCUGGGUAAAUCGAGGAUGUCACCGUGAUGUCACGGAUAUACUGACGGAAGUUAACGGAGUAUUAAUCCACUAUUUAUCAUCCAUAUUUGUGCAUCAUGAGAGUCUCAGUGACGUUGUAAUCAACAGCUAGCAAUAAUGCCAGGAUGUCUAACUAUGACAGAAAGGAGGGAAAUCAGACUGCGAUCGACUAUGAUCGCCAGUUCCAGGAGGACUUGGAACGUGCCCAGGCACUCAGCCUCGAGAGCCUGGCACUGGAGAAAUUUAAAAUGCAGAAACAACAGUUAGAGUGCAGCAACUUCGUGCGAAGGGCUUUUGGGUCGCAGCAGGAUUACAGUGCCAGGAGUCAUGGUAGUGAUGGGGAUUGUGCUUCACAGGCAUCUGAUAAAUUCUUAUUGAGGAGUCGUCCAAGACCGGGAGGCAGUCAGCCAAAAAAUGCAGCAAUAAUAGCCCCACCACCGCCAGUCCCGUGUCGCAGGAAUUCAACAACAGCAGUGGCUGCCUCGAGUGCCACAACAGAUCUGAUUAACUUCACGAGUCCAAUAAAGCAGGAUCCGAGCCUGGAGGAGUACUGCAGCAUUCCACCGCCAGCACCACCCCCAAAAGCCCCAGUCGAGCCACGAUGGGAGAGUCAUCCAGCCCUCAUGAGGAGAACGUCGAGGGUAACGAGGAGCAAUAGUUCAGCCGCUUCAUACCAAACACGUGACUUACGCUAUCACUCACCAUCACCUGGACCACACCCAUCAACAGCACCAUGCACGCCCGGUACACCGGGUAUCAGUCCUGUCAUGUCCAGAGCAUGUGUCAAUCCCCAAGUUCCUGAUGUCAUUCCUCAGAUUCCCCCCCUCCCAAUGAACUACCGCCCCUCGCCCCCGCCCCCAAAAUACGCGAUAGACGAUGGUCAGCUGAACGUCCUCAAGAUAAUCGAGAAAAAACCGAACAACAACCUGAUCGACCUCACGGCCUUCGAGACCCUCGAGGACCGUUCGAACGUCCGGGUGAGCGUUCUGGAGGCCUUCGACCCUCUGCUGGUAAAGACUGAAGAACCCCCGAGUAAUCCCCCCCACCAAAUAAAAGAAGAAACCAGCAGUCAGGUCGACGGUUCAGUCUACGAUCCCUUCGACCCCUUCGACUACAUGUACAGCACAAAUGAGAGCGUCAGCUCUGAUCCGGUGUACGUGGCCGUGGAGAAGACCGCCAAGUCCCCAGCGGCGUCUCCAGCGGCGCCUCCGCUGCCCCCGAGGAACUCCUCGGCCUGGAACACGAUAGAGCGUCGUCGAACGUCGUUGGAUCGUCGCCAGAAGCGCCAGACUCGUCUCUACGAGAACGUCCAGGUGGUGAAGACCAGAGCGUCGCUCCACGACUGCGACCUGAAGGCGUUCCACCAGAUGAUAAAAUCCGUGAGAAGUGAAUUCCUGUUCAACGACCCCAGCACAAACGUCGGUCACGUGACCAGUCCAAUGAUGGAGAGCCUGUACCCAGAGGGGACAUCCAUCAAGCUAGUCGUCCACCCCCAGCUGCCGGACAGCAGUGACUCCCUGCCCUCGAUCUCCUUCACCUGCGACGUCACCUGCAGCGUUGAGCACGUCAUCUUCAACGUGGCAUGCUCCUUGGAAGAGGAGGACACAGUGAUGGCUGAGAAGUACUGCCUGAGGGUCUGGGGUCUGGCCGAGUAUUUCGCCCCCAACACGACCCUAGCCAAUUACGAGUACAUUCACCAGUGCAUAAAGCUGGAGAAGGACAUAGAGCUGGCGAUAAUGACGAGGGGCCAGAUGAAGAAGUCGAUAGCUCGAACCCUGCAGGACGACAAUCGUGAGCAGUGCCUGAGGCUAGAGGAGAUUCUCCCCAACGAGCCAAACGAGCCCAUCUCCUACGACAGCCUGGUGAUCCUCCUGGAGACUGUGGAGAAGGAGAUGGAGAGGGUGGAGACAGCAGCCCUCCAGCUAGCCACCACCAACCACAGCUCGAGCCUCCUCCCCCAGUUGCAGCCUCGAGGUGUAAUCCAAGCUGUCAAGGCAGUCUGUGCACUGAUGGGAAACAUUGAGACCUGCGAGAUCACUGAGGCAGUCGACAACUUCACGAAUGCCUGCUGCCAGUUCCUCCCCCAGGUGCACACUGCUCACAUCGAGUGCAAGAGGCCCGAGGUCCUCCACGAGGACGGAGACUACUCGGUCGUCACACUGAGAACAAAAUUCCCAGAGGUCCUUGCCUCCCACUGCCACAAGAUCAGAGACGCCGUGCAGGAUCUCGUGGAGAGCUAUUGUCACGCCUUCAGAGUGGACUUUCAGUUGAGCACUCGAGGGGAAUUUCCCACGAACACUCUGGUGUCGUCCGAGGUAUUGGACACCGUUCUCGUUCGAGUUGGUGCACUUCACAGGCUCCCUGGCACCUGGAGGCAUGACGACUACAUCGUGGCAGCUCAGUUGUUCCAUGGAACGAGACCCGUGGGGAAUCCCGUGCUGUCGGAGCCCAUGACAGUGACCACGAAUUUUUACUCGAGGAUUUUAUUCAACACUUGGCUGGAGUUCAGGGGGAUCAGUGUGUGCCAGGUGCCCAGGGAGGCGAGACUGGUUUUGGUGAUUUAUGGGAGGACUGUUCAACCAACAGAGCACGAGUCAAACUCCAAUGGCAGCUCCAUGCAGAAGGAGGAGCUCGGCUGGGGGGCAAUUCAGUUCUUUGAUUACGAGGGGGUGAUGAGUCAGGGCAGCUACUUCUUGUCCCUGUGGCCAGCUGUCGCUGACAAGCGACUGGGGCCUGCACCAGCGCCUGGAAUUCACCCUUACGGAGAGACCAAUCCCAUCAUCGGGCUGGAACUGCCUGAUUAUGGGGGGAGAGUGCUGUUCCCCACUGAGCUUCGAGACCACGACAUCGAGUCGUUGGACAUAAACUCACUGGAUCAAAACACCAAGGAACUUCUGAUCGACAUCACCCAGCAGGACACGUUCUCGAGACCCCCGAUAGACGAGAGGGAGAUUCUCUGGGAGAAACGUCAUUACCUUCACGAGAUUCCAGAGGCCCUCCCCAAGGUCCUCCUGGCUGCCCACAGCUGGGACUGGGCCUGUCUGCCCGAUCUCCACGCCUCCUUGAGGAUCUGGAGUCCCUUGCCACCGGUGCAAGCACUUCAGCUGCUUCUGCCCUGCUUUCCUGAUAUCAAAGUCAGGGAGAUGGCGGUGGGGUGGAUCAAGGAGCUUGGGAACGACGAACUCGUGGAUUAUUUGCCCCAGCUCCUGCAGGCACUCAAGCACGAGACCUACGAGGCAUCUCCAUUGGCCAAGUUCUUGUUGGAGAGGGCUCUGUUGUCUCCCAGGGUUGCUCACCACGUGUAUUGGCUGCUCAAUCAGGCCCUUCCUGGCCAGAGCCCCCAGAACUCCGAGAGCUCCCCCGAGGAUGACAAGAGUGUUGGCUCGAUGAGGUAUCAGAGGAGACUGCAGCUGAUGCUCAGGGCUCUGUUGGCUGUCAUUGGGGAGGGGCUCAGGAACAGCUUUUUGAGCCAACAGUGUCUCGUUAAGAAUUUGAACGAAAUCGCUGAGAACAUCAAGGUCACCAAGGAGUCCUUGAGGAUGGAUGCCCUCAAGGUGGGCCUCCAGAAUAUCAACUGUCAACUGACUGAGGACCAGGGGGUCUGUCUCCCACUCUCACCCAGCAGAUUGGCAUUCGGCAUCAACGUUCAGACCUGCUCCUAUUUUCCCUCCUUCACUCUUCCUCUCAAGAUCAAUUUUGUGGGGUGCGAUGGGGUGCCCAGUCCUGCCAUCUUCAAGGUUGGGGACGAUCUCCAGCAGGACAUGCUGACUCUACAGAUGGUCAGGAUUAUGGACAAGUUGUGGCUCAAGGAGGGGUUGGAUCUGAAGAUGGUGACUUUUGCUUGUGUGCCCACUGGCAGCAAGAGGGGCAUCAUCGAGAUGGUGACUAAUGCGGAGACUUUGAGGAAGAUUCAGGUGGAGUUUGGACUCACUGGCUCGUUCAAGGACAGGCCCAUUGCUGAGUGGCUGGCUAAGCACAAUCCCUCGGAGCUGGAGUAUGAGAGGGCUGUGGAGAACUUCACCGCCUCCUGCGCUGGGUACAGUGUCGCCACUUAUAUCCUCGGGAUCUGUGAUAGGCAUAAUGAUAAUAUCAUGCUGAAGACCUCCGGGCAUCUUUUUCAUAUUGACUUUGGGAAGUUCCUGGGGGAUGCGCAGAUGUUCGGAAAUUUUAAGAGGGAUCGUACACCAUUCGUCCUGACGUCGGACAUGGCGUACGUGAUAAACGGUGGUGACAAGCCCUCAGCAAAGUUCCAUAAUUUCGUAGACCUCUGCUGCCAGGCCUUCAACAUCGUCCGAAAGCAUGGGAACCUGAUCCUCCAUCUCUUCGGCUUGAUGACUUCCUCGGGGAUCCCUGGGGUGACGAUGGAUGCUGUCAGCUACGUGCAGAAGGCUCUACUCCCCGGGCAAACCAAUCCCGAAGCUGCUGCCACCUUCGCCAGGAUGAUCGAGAGCUCUCUCAAGAGCUGGUUCACACAGUUCAACUUCUUUCUUCAUAAUUUGGCGCAGUUGAGGUUCACUGGGGAUCAGAAUGAUGGGGAGUUGCUGUCGUUUGUACCACGAACUUAUACAAUGCAACAGGAAGGACAGUUGACAAGUGUCCAAGUCCAUGGCUAUCAGAAGAGAUACGAUCCAGAAAAAUAUUACAUGUACAUACUGAGGAUUCAGAGGAAGGGACAGGCUGACCCGACGUAUCUCUUCAGGUCCUACAAGGAGUUCUGUGAAUUCUAUCAGAAACUCUGCAUUCAUUUUCCCCUCGCCAAAGUUGCAAGUUUACCGAGUGGCAUGAGUGUGGGACGAUCGAAUAUCAAACAAGUUGCUGACAAGAGACGCGCUGAUAUCGAGAAAUUUCUGCUCAGUCUGUUUAAAAUGGCACCUGAAAUAUCCCAGAGUGAUCUUGUUUACACUUUCUUCCAUCCACUUUUGAGGGAUCAACAAAAUGCUGAUAUUCACUUGAGAAAAGUUAAAGUCGGAAACUGGUGGGCAGAGAAAAAGAUACGAGACAACGUUCAAUGUGGUCAAAUAAAAAUAUCCCUCCAUUAUACUCGUGGUACAUUAUCAGUGAUGAUACACCAUGCCCGAGGUUUGCCAAAGGUUGCCAAUGCUCAAGAGCCCAACACAUACGUCAAAGUUUACCUCAAGCCCGACCCCACCAAGGCAACGAAACGGAAGACAAAAGUCGUCAAGAAAAACUGUCACCCGUCAUUCAUGGAAAUGUUGGAGUACAGAAUGCCUUUGGAGGUGAUCCAGGAUCGAGCCCUAGAGGCGACGAUUUGGAAUCACGACACACUGCAGGAGAAUGAAUUCCUAGGUGGAAUACGUCUGCCCCUCUCGCACUUGGAUUUAACUAAGGAAACUAUCGAGUGGUUUCCCUUGGGGAGCCUUCGAUGAAUAGAUUAAUUGUCGUUAACGCACAAGUUGAAGAUGAUUCUCGUAAACUAGAAGUCUUGAAGAAAUUUAGAUUAAGAAUUGGAGUUGGACGUAAUCACUCCGGGUCCAGUGAUUAGUUUUUCCCCUGUGUGGCUCUAACAGUGGUCUACUGAUUGAUAAUUUAUGAAUAUAAAAAUUGUGAACCAAAGGAAGGACCUAAACUCUACCUAUACAAGAGGAAAAUUUUAACGAUAUUUAUACGAAUUUAGUUUGCCCUGAUCAUUGUGUUUUUUUUUCAUUUUCUAAAAAAUUUUCACGCACUCAAUCUACGUCCAAUGUAAUACCCUCGUAGGGUAUUCAACAAAUGGAUUUGUUUUAUAACAGACAGUGUUAGAUCGAGUAUUUUUCGUUGAUGAUUUGCUGUCCCGAACGAAGUGAAAUUGUGAUAAAUAUUUAUACACGUUGUUACCACAUUAAUCAUGGUAAUUUUAACAAUUGUACAUAGAUUUACACCUUUUUGCCUGGCUCUACAUCAUUGCAAUAUUAAUAUUCCAAGCCAACAAGAAGUUACAAUGAAAUUAUAUUUUCUUUUUCACUUUCUAUAAUUAAAUAGAGAACCAAAAGAUAUGAUGUUUU